ACAUUUGUUUAUGAGUUUAUUUGGAUUUGAAAAUAGAAGAAAAUGUUAUCUACGGCAAGACGUGAGCUGAAUUGUAAAUCGGGACCUAUUGGGAGCACACGAGUUCGACACGUUCUCAAGGAUUUCUGUUUUGAUGGGAAUAUUAGCGACGUGGAUGAUGAAGUGACUAAGGUUCUUUUAUUGGGUUGUGGCGAUCUAAGAAAUACCUUUCAAGCAACAACUUCCAAGAAUCCUCAAAAUUUAGAGAUUCAUCUCAAUGAUUUAAAUCCUUCUAUCUUGGCUCGAAACAUCAUAAUUUUGAAAAUUGUGUCAGCACAUGAUUUCAAUCCCGAUAAUGAUGAAGAUUUUGGUUUUCUGUGGGAUGUGUGGUACAAUGUUGAUUGGCCAGAAGAAACCAGGAAGAGGUUUCUUUCUAUUGUUAAGGAGUUGAUGAUUGAGAAAUUACCAGAUAAUGUCUCAAUUCCAAACAAAAGUCACCUUGAGAAAUUGAAGAGUUUGUGGAGUAAUUGGCAUUCUGUUUCCUCUAAAAACAAAACUGAUUCUGAAUCACUCUUGAGAAAAGUCUGGGGACAAAGGAAUCAAUGCUUGUUGGACCUGUGGGCUGUCUUGUACUCUCCAGGACAUUUACAAGAGAAAGCACAGCUAAAAAAUGCUGAUCUCUUCACUGCCUCAGUAAAUGAACUGGCUAAGCAGUUUCUAGAUCGUGAAUAUUUCAUAGGAUUGGCUCCUAGUGUUAAAAAAAAGAUUAACAAUGAAGUGCUCGAAUGCUUCAGAAAUGGCAGUAGCCGCCGUCAAAAUGACGAACCCUUACACCCAUGA